CUUUUCACAUGGGGGCUUUGGGCUCGGGCUAUGAACCUAGGAUUACCGUCAGGGAGUACCUUUUUUAUUAAAAAAAUAAAAAAUAAAAUAAAACCUGCGAUUCAAAUUUCUCAACCAUUAGAAAGCCUCUGAAAAUGGGUAAUUUCUCAUAUCCUCACUCUCUUGUUGCGCUUUACGUGGAAUAUAUUGUUACUGCUUACCCUGGACCUGGACUGUCGAUCAAGAUCGAACGUCCUAGGGUUUCAUUCCCAUCUUCCGAGUACUUAAAUUAGGAACUUCGAAAAGGUAAUGAAUCCCAACUGAUUGAAGUUGUUUACAACAUCUAACGUUACUCUCUAGAUCCACUGCUGAUGGCUGAUGCGUUUAUCUGAUUUGGGUUUUGAGAGUCAUCCGAGAGGUUUCUGUCCAUGGAAUCGGAUCCUUUCUGAGGUAUGGAAAGAUCUAAGCUUGUAGAAUCAGAUAGUGGUGGUUGAACUAUCAUUUGUGGUAGGCUAUUUUUUUAAAACUAGCAAUCUGACAGAAAAGAAAAAGGGGUAAAAAGAAGAAAAGGGAGGAAAAUGGAGUGCAAUAAAGAUGAGGCCAUCAGGGCGAAAGAAAUAGCCGAAAAGAAGUAUACAGCAAAGGACAUUGCUGGUGCAAAGAAAUUUACUUUGAAGGCCCAAAAUUUGUAUCCUGGGAUUGAGGGUCUUCCCCAGAUGUUGGCUACUUUUGAUGUUUAUAUCUCCGCAGAGAACAAAAUAUGUGGGGAAGCAGACUGGUAUGGGAUCCUUGGUGUGAGUCCCUCAGCUGAUGAUGACACAGUUAAGAGACAGUACAGGAAGUUAGCUCUCAUGAUUCACCCUGACAAGAACAAAUCGGUUGGGGCUGAUGGAGCUUUUAAGCUUAUUUCAGAGGCCUGGAGUUUGUUGUCUGAUAAGACCAAGAGAAUAGCAUAUGACCAGAAACGCAAUGUCAUAGGAUUUCAGCAGAAGGUUCCUCCUCCAAGUGGAGGAACAUCUGCACCACCAGGCAUGAACGGUUUUUGUAAUUCCAGUCAUACAACAACCUCAAACAGUAAAACUCAGAAAAGUGCUGAUCCACACCCACCGCCGGCACCUGCUUCAUCACGUCCAUCAAAAUUAAAUAUGUUUUGGACUGAAUGCAAUCACUGCAAAAUGAAAUGCAAGUUUCUCAGGAUCUAUAUCAAUCACAAUCUUCUUUGCCCCAAUUGUCAUGAGCCCUUUUAUGUAGUAGAGACCUCUCCCCCACCUUCAAAUGGUUCUAAUACUGCACCAUGGACUUUCUCUCACCGGUGUCAGAAUUCAAACCAUCAUGCAACUAACAGCAAUGCGUGUACUCCUGGAAGAAACACUGCUGCUCCUGCUCCUGCUCCUGCUCCUGCUCCUGCUCCCAACAUGAGAGCAACUGCCCCAGCUUCUGCUGCUGCUGGUCAAGCUGCAACUGUGGAUCAUCAGGCCUAUAAGAAAGUGAGGAGAGAGUGUGAGGAGGUUCAGGAAACUGCAAGAAGAGAGGAUGCACUUCAGAGGAAGAACCAUGCCCCUAAGAAGAUGGCUGGUGGUUUGUCUACUGGGUUUUCUAAUUCUGGUUCUAGCCAUGCUGUCAAAGGAGAGAGACCUGUGAAAAAACCUCCAACAACUGUGGUUCAGCAGGCCUAUAAGAAAGUGAGGAGAGAGCCUGAGGAGGUUCAGUCGGCUGUGAGAAGAGAGGAUGCACUUCAGAGGAAUAACCAUGUCCCUAAGAAGAUGGCUGGUGGUUUUUCUAAUUCUGGUUCUAGCCAUGUUGUCAAAGGAGAGAGACCUGUGGAAAAGCAAAGAGGUCCUCCAACAACUGUGGUUCAACAGGCCCGUGAGAAAGUGAGGAGAGUGUGUGAGGAGGUUCAGGCGGCUGCAAGAAGAUAGGAUGCACUUCAGAGAAAGAACAAUGUCUCUAAGAAGAUGGCUGGUGGUUUGUCUACAGGGUUUUCUUAUUCUGGUUCUAGCCAUGUUGGCAAUGGUAAGACCUGUGAGAAAAUGAAGAGGUCCUCCAACAAUCCUCAUAGACAAGCCUAGCAAAAGACUACCAGAUGAACAUCUGAAAGAAGUACACACAAAAAAGUCAAAAUACAGUCCUCCCUUCCCCCACUCCCAACAAAUAAAAAAAUGCUUCCCUUUGGCUUAAACCUAGUUAUUCAAGCUUCGUCCAUUUUAGGCUUUUCGGAACCUUUACUUUUUCCUCCUGUCGAGAGGAAAAAAAAAAUAAAAUUAGACUUUAGGCGUUAUCAGAAGCCCAUCCCCCCCACCUCCCCUUCUCCCUUUUUGAAUACUUCAGAAAAAAUGAUGCAAUAAAACAUACUUUAAUCCAUCAUGGACUUUGGCAAACAAUGACGAUGGAGUUAGAAAAAUCUUGAAAGUAGAACCAGCCUGCGAAAAGAUGUCCAUGACCCAACUGUAUUUCCCCAUAUGUGUGGAUGUAGGGUACACUAUGAGAUGGUAUUCCUUUUAUUUUUUAUUUUUUAAUAACUUGGUUAUUAAAAAGUUCGAGCGGCUCCUCCCAACGGCCGACACAUGCUGGUCAAUAUGGAGAGAACUGCAAUGAUAUAUGUGUUGCAUAU